UAUUCACCCAGAGCUGGUUGCCGGAGCGUCGUCAAUGGGAAGGAAACGCCGCGUUGGAAAAAGCGCACACUGUUUAGCCAAAUUUCAACUGCACCAUGGUUUGCGGCUCAGUUCCGUGUUUGUGGACUAUAUUUUGCCUUCAUUUAUGUUUUUAUGUGAACACUGGAAUAGCACAGAACACAAGAGAGGUGAUCCUGCUGGAUUCAAAGGCGCAGCAGACAGAGCUGGAAUGGAUAUCGUCUCCUCCAAGCGGGUGGGAAGAGAUCAGCGGCUUAGAUGAAAACUACACACCCAUUCGCACAUACCAGGUCUGCCAGGUCAUGGAGCCAAAUCAGAACAACUGGCUACGGACUAACUGGGUUGAGAAGGGCGAUGCCCAGAGGAUUUUUGUGGAGCUGAAGUUUACCUUGAGGGAUUGUAACAGCCUUCCAGGGGUGGUAGGCUCUUGCAAGGAGACGUUCAACUUGUACUACCAGGAAACCGACGUGGAGGUGGGCAGGAAUAUAAGGGAGAGUCAGUAUGUGAAAAUUGACACUAUAGCGGCGGACGAGAGCUUCACUCAGGGUGACCUGGGGGAAAGAAAGAUGAAGCUCAACACGGAGCUGCGUAUAAUCGGGCCCCUAUCCCGCCGAGGCUUCUACCUGGCCUUUCAGGAUGUAGGUGCCUGCAUCGCUUUGGUCUCUGUCAAAGUGUAUUACAAGAAGUGUUGGUCGAUUAUUGAGAACCUGGCCACGUUCCCAGAUACAGUGACGGGAUCUGAGUUUUCAUCGCUGGUGGAAGUGGAGGGCACAUGUGUCAAUGAUGCAGAAGAGGAGGCCGACAACUCUCCCAAAAUGCACUGCAGCGCAGAAGGAGAGUGGCUUGUACCCAUUGGGAAAUGUAUAUGCAAAGCUGGAUUUCACCAGAAGGGAGAUGCAUGUGAAC